AUGAACUGGAAACGCGUUUGUUGUCGAGAAAAGAAGGAAGCAGUUACGGGUUUGACUGGUGAGAUAGUGAUUUGUGCGCUGGGUGAGGCUUGGCCUGAAAAGUUGGGAAGUUUGGCGGCUAAUUUGCCGGAGAGUGAAGGGGCUCGAUUUAUCUUAUUUGGUGAGAACCAGAAAGUCUUUGGAGUUUGCCGAAUGUCUAAGGAAGACUUAGAGUCUUUGGAUGCCGUGCGAAGUACUGCGGCUAAGUUGACCAAUGCCCUGAUGAAAGAAGAGGUGGCUAGUAUUCUGAUUAGUGACGGGCCUCGAGCUGAUUGGAUUGCCGAGGCUGUGGUGGUAGCAAGUUAUCAGUACGAUCCUUUGUUAAGUAAGAAGAAGUCGCAAGUACAGAUUGUCUACCUAGGAAAUGAUGAGAAGGUUGGACAGGCUAUUGUAGUUGGGGAGGCUCAGAACUUUGCCCGGUUCUUGGUAGACACACCGGCUAACUUGAUGACGCCAACGCGAUUUACUGAGUACGCCCGAGAAUACUUGCCAGAAAGUGUCUCGGUUAAGGUUUACAACAAAGAGGAGAUCCAAAAGAUGAACAUGAACUUGUUCUUAGGAGUAGCUCAAGGUUCAAUGGAGGAGCCUAAGUUCUUGGAAAUGAAGUACAAUCCUGGGAAUGAGUGCACAGUUUUGGUGGGUAAAGGAAUUACUUUUGACUCGGGUGGUAUUAGCUUGAAGCCAGCCUUGAAAAUGGGUUUGAUGAAAGGCGAUAUGGGUGGAGGUGCCGCUGUGGUUAGUAGUAUUGGAGCUUUGGCUCGUCUUGGUGCUAAAACUAGUGUGGUAGGAUUGGUGCCACUGACUGAGAACUUACCUUCGGGUACUGCGACUAAACCGGGUGAUGUUCAUGUUGGCCGGGCAGGAAUUAGUGUGGAGGUAGAUAAUACCGAUGCUGAAGGCCGGUUGAUCUUAGCCGAUGCUCUUCAUUACGCCCAGUCGUUCUCUCCCAAACGCAUUAUUGAUCUCGCCACUUUAACUGGAGCGAUCAAUAUAGCUCUGGGUCCAAUUCAGGCCGGUCUGUUUACUACCUGCGACCAGCUGGCCAAUGAGUUCUUAACUGUAUCCAACGAAGUGGGCGACUUGGUCUGGCGCAUGCCAAUGAACCCAAUUUACCGCAAGAUCAUUACGUCGGAAGUUGCUGAUUUGAAAAACAUCAGUAAUUCCGUAGCAACAGGCGGUCAGUCUACCAUUGCUGCUAUGUUCCUAAAAGAGUUCGUUGGAUCUAUUCCUUGGGCUCAUUUGGACAUUGCUGCAGUAGCCCAUGCGACUAUUGCUCCGGAACUACACGGUAAAGGUGCGACUGGCCGUCCAGUUAAACUUCUGGUUAAUUGGCUACUAAGACAAUAA